UAAGUGCAAGUGGUGGGGGAUGAAAUGGUGGAGCUGUUGUUUGGGGAUACUGCCACUGAAUUGAAAAAAAGCUACCCCUUGGGUGGGGUGAGCCCCCAGGUGGGUUGCUGCUGGGCUACAUGGCUCUUAGCUCCACUGCCAUUCUUUCAAAAUGGCUUGUAACAGCACCACUUCCUGUCCAGGGAGGAAGUAAUUUUAGCCCAGGCACUGAAAUAUUUAGCAAAUCUUUAAAACAAAAGGCACAAAUUCCAUUUCUUUCUGGUUUCAAAAGGGUGUCUGAGCCACAUGGGGUUAAGGUGCCCCUUCAGCUGGGGUAGUUGGAAGGAGCCAGGGCUGUGGGGGGUAGCAGGCACCCUUUAGGUGGAGGCUAUCUCUUUUUUUGGUAGAAAUGAAGGGGUGGGUCUAUGGUACAUCACCUGAGUUGUGGGGUAAAUGUAGAGAGUGUCAAUCAAAGGCAGAGCUCAGAGCUGGGAAGGAGCUCUAGAUGGCGGCUGUGCCUUAGAGAGAGCGCGCUCAGCUCCGUGCCUUCCCCAACACUUUACGCAACUUUCCCUAACUUUCGGGCAGCCUCAGGGGGCCCCCACAGCCCCUCGCCUCUCCUAGGCACUGAUCGGGGGCCGAGCGGACCUUUUUCGGGCAGAAAAGCAGCUUUUGAGGGCUCCCUUUUCGUGCCUUGCUGGAAAGAAGAAGCCGUGGAGAGAGCCCAGGUCGUUGUUUUUCCAGCUUAGAAGCCAUGGCGUACCUCCAUUUUUGUGCGCUCUCCUAAUGAGCUUUUUUCCCCCGGACAUUUUUCUACUAAUUAUCGCUUCUUUUGCUUUAUCGGCAGCAUAUUUUUGGGAUUAGAAUAUAUAUUUUUUUUUCAUUCUCUGAAAUUCGUAUUUUAUCGUUAUAACUCUAAAUAUUUUGGAUCUAAUGUUUUUCCACUACCCGAAACUAAUAUCGACUUGGUCCUGGCGGCGGUGCAUGGAUCAGUAAAUACCUGGGCACAGGACUUCAAAGCAAACAGACACCCCUGACCCCCUCUUAAUAUUUAAGAAUAAAAAGAUGAUGAGAAAUAAGGACAAAAGCCAAGGAGAGGAGGGUUCAGUCCACAGCAAUGCAUCGAGUCACUCGGCAUCCGAAGAAGCCUCUGGCUCUGACUCUGCAAGCCAGUCUGAAAGCGAGCAGGGCAGCGAGCAGGGCAGCGAGUCAAACAGCAGCUCGGAGUCCUCUGAAAGUCAGUCUGAAUCCGAAAGUGAAUCAACGGGUUCAAAAUCCCAGCAGACCCCUCCUGAAACCAAAGAAAAACCGGCCUCUAAGAAGGAAAGGAUAGCAGAUGUUAAAAAGAUGUGGGAAGAAUAUCCUGAUGUUUAUGGGGUUAGGAGGUCAAACCGAAGCAGACAAGAACCAUCGCGAUUUAAUAUAAAAGAUGAGGCAAGUAGCGAAUCUGAAAAUGAGAGCCCAAAAAGAAGAGGCCAGAAGCAAAUGAAAAAACCAGAGAUUUCUGGUGAAGAAGAGGAUGAAGAUGGAGGGGAGCAAGGCACCAGUGGAGAGAGUGAACCUGAACCGAAGAAAAUUAAAGCAAGAAGACCUGGCCAGAGGAGAACAGUGGCCAAAACCAGUGUUAAAAAGCCUCACAAACCCCAGCGUGGGAAGAAGAGAAAGAGACCGGACUCGUCCGAAGAUGACGAUGACGACGAAGAUGAUGAGACCCCCAAGAGACAAACUCGACGAAGGGCAGCCAAAAACGUCAGUUACAAAGAGGAUGAUGAUUUUGAGACGGAUUCUGAUGACCUGAUAGAGAUGACUGGGGAAGGAGCUGAUGAACAACAAGACAACAGUGAAACUAUUGAGAAAGUCUUGGACAUCAGGCUUGGAAAAAAAGGAGCCACUGGUGCUUCCACCACAGUGUAUGCAACUGAAGCCAAUGGCAACCCAAGUGCAGACUUUGAUCCUGAAAAAGAUGAGGGAGAAGUUCAGUACCUGAUCAAAUGGAAAGGCUGGUCGUACAUCCAUAGCACGUGGGAGAGUGAAGAGUCCCUGCAGCAGCAGAAAGUGAAGGGCCUGAAAAAGCUAGAAAACUUCAAGAAAAAAGAGGAGGAGAUCAAGCAAUGGCUGGGCAAGGUAUCACCUGAAGAUGUAGAAUAUUUCAACUGCCAACAAGAACUAGCUUCAGAGCUGAACAAACAGUACCAAAUUGUGGAGAGAGUAAUUGCUGUGAAGACCAGUAAGUCUGCGACGACAGGACAUUCAGAUUUCCCAGCAAACAGUCGCAAAACUUCCUCGAAUGACCCCGAGUACCUGUGUAAGUGGAUGGGGCUGCCCUACGCUGAGUGCAGCUGGGAAGAUGAGGCUCUGAUAAGCAAGAAAUUUCAGCACUGCAUUGACAGCUUCAACAACCGUAACAACUCCAAAACGAUUCCUACACGGGACUGCAAGGUAUUGAAGCAGAGACCGAGGUUCGUUGCCUUGAAGAAACAGCCUUCUUACAUUGGCGGUGAGAACCUGGAGCUGCGAGAUUACCAGCUGGAGGGCCUCAACUGGCUCGCUCACUCGUGGUGCAAGAACAACAGCGUGAUCCUGGCUGAUGAGAUGGGCCUGGGCAAGACGAUUCAGACAAUAUCAUUCCUGUCGUACCUCUUCCAUCAGCACCAGCUGUACGGCCCUUUCCUGGUGGUGGUGCCCCUGUCCACUCUCACCUCGUGGCAGAGAGAGUUUGAAGUGUGGGCGCCCGAGAUCAAUGUGGUGGUUUACAUCGGAGACCUCAUGAGCAGGAACAUGAUACGUGAAUAUGAGUGGAUCCACUCUCAGUCCAAAAGGUUGAAAUUCAAUGCACUUAUCACAACGUAUGAGAUUCUCCUGAAGGAUAAGGCUGUUUUGGGAAGUAUUAACUGGGCCUUUCUAGGCGUGGAUGAAGCUCAUCGGUUGAAAAAUGAUGACUCUUUGCUGUACAAAACUUUGAUUGAUUUCAAGUCCAACCACAGGCUGCUGAUCACCGGCACCCCGCUUCAAAAUUCACUCAAGGAGCUCUGGUCCCUGCUGCAUUUCAUCAUGCCAGAGAAAUUUGAGUUCUGGGAGGAUUUUGAAGAGGAUCACGGAAAAGGUAGAGAGAAUGGCUACCAGAGCCUUCAUAAAGUCCUGGAGCCAUUUCUCCUACGCAGAGUGAAGAAGGACGUGGAGAAGUCUUUGCCGGCCAAAGUGGAGCAGAUCCUCCGUGUGGAAAUGUCUGCUUUGCAGAAACAGUAUUACAAGUGGAUUUUGACAAGAAACUACAAAGCUCUUUCAAAGGGAACAAGGGGGAGUACAUCUGGUUUCCUGAACAUUGUGAUGGAGUUGAAAAAGUGUUGCAACCACUGCUACCUUAUCAAACCUCCUGAGGAAAAUGAGAGAGAGAAUGGCCUUGAGACGCUGCAGUCUCUGAUCAGGAGCAGUGGAAAGCUAAUUCUCUUGGACAAGCUGCUGACCAGGCUGCGGGAGAGAGGCAACAGAGUGCUGAUCUUCUCCCAGAUGGUGAGGAUGCUGGACAUCUUGGCAGAGUACCUGACUAUCAAACACUACCCUUUUCAGCGCUUGGACGGCUCGAUCAAAGGGGAGAUCCGAAAGCAGGCGCUGGACCACUUCAACGCUGACGGCUCUGAGGACUUCUGUUUCUUGUUGUCAACGCGAGCUGGAGGGCUGGGAAUUAAUUUGGCCUCUGCUGAUACUGUCGUUAUCUUUGACUCGGACUGGAACCCUCAAAAUGAUCUUCAGGCUCAGGCUCGGGCUCACCGGAUUGGACAAAAGAAGCAGGUGAAUAUUUACCGCCUGGUCACAAAGGGUACGGUAGAGGAGGAGAUCAUUGAGAGGGCCAAGAAGAAAAUGGUGCUGGAUCAUUUGGUGAUCCAACGUAUGGACACCACUGGCCGGACUGUGCUGGACAACAACUCUGGGCGAUCCAACUCAAACCCUUUCAACAAAGAGGAGCUGACAGCUAUUCUGAAGUUUGGAGCUGAAGAUCUCUUCAAGGAGCUUGAAGGGGAAGAGUCAGAGCCUCAGGAGAUGGACAUCGACGAGAUUUUGCGUUUGGCUGAAACACGAGAAAAUGAAGUGUCCACCAGUGCCACCGACGAGCUCCUCUCCCAGUUCAAGGUGGCCAACUUUGCAACCAUGGAGGAGGAAGAGACCGAGCUGGACGAGCGGUCCCAGAAGGACUGGGAUGAUAUCAUCCCAGAGGAGCAGAGGAAAAAGGUGGAGGAGGAAGAAAGACAGAAAGAACUGGAGGAAAUCUACAUGUUGCCUCGAAUCCGGAGCUCGACUAAAAAGGCUCAGACAAAUGACAGUGAAUCAGAUGCAGAAACCAAGAGAAGGCUUCAGAGGUCAUCUGGAUCAGAAAGCGAAACUGAUGAUACUGAUGACGAGAAGAGACCAAAGCGCAGGGGACGGCCUCGAAGUGUUCGAAAAGAUACCGUGGAAGGAUUUACUGAUGCUGAAAUCAGGAGGUUUAUCAAGGCUUACAAGAAGUUUGGGCUGCCUCUGGAACGGCUGGAGUGUAUUGCCCGGGAUGCUGAGCUGGUGGAUAAAUCUGUGGCUGAUCUGAAACGGUUAGGGGAACUCAUCCACAAUAGCUGUGUGUCAGCAAUGCAAGAAUACGAGGAACAGCUGAAAGAAAAUCCAGGUGAAGGGAAAGGACCUGGAAAAAGAAGAGGUCCUACUAUCAAGAUUUCUGGUGUCCAAGUCAACGUGAAAUCCAUCAUCCAGCAUGAAGAGGAGUUUGAAAUGCUGCAUAAAUCCAUUCCCACGGACCCAGAGGAAAGGAAGAAGUACCGCCUGACGUGCCGUGUCAAAGCUGCCCAUUUUGAUGUAGACUGGGGAGUGGAGGAGGAUUCUCGCUUGUUAGUGGGAAUUUACGAGCAUGGUUAUGGAAACUGGGAGCUAAUUAAAACAGACCCGGAAUUGAAGUUAUCUGAUAAGAUCCUACCUGUUGAGACAGAUAAGAAACCUCAGGGAAAACAGCUCCAGACCCGAGUUGAUUAUCUACUGAAACUGCUGAAGAAAGAUCUGGACAAGAAAGAAAACAUGAAAGAUGGGGAAGAGGGCAAGCUAAAGAAGAGGAAACCACGAGUAAAGAAAGAGAACAAGGCUCCCAAAGUCAAAGAUGAGCAUGGGAAUGAACUCUCCUCUCCUCGGCACUCAGACAACCAGUCAGAAGAAGGUGAAGUCAAGGAGGAUGGCUUGGAAAAGAGCCCCGUGAAAAAGAAACAGAAGAAGAAAGAGAACAAAGAGAACAAGGAAAAACAGACAACCACUAAGAAGGAAAAGGAAAGCGAUAAAGAGAAAAAGAAGACAAAAGACAAGAAAGAAAAGCCUAAAGGUAGCGAAGCCAAAUCUGGAAGUAAAGGGAAGAGAUCACAAGGUCCCGUCCACAUUACCGCAGGGAGUGAACCGAUCCCUAUUGGAGAAGACGAGGAUGACGAUCUGGACCAAGAAACGUUCAGCAUAUGCAAGGAAAGGAUGAGACCAGUCAAAAAAGCACUGAAGCAACUCGAUAAGCCUGAUAAGGGACUGACAGUUCAAGAACAGCUGGAGCACACGCGCAACUGCCUCCUAAAAAUUGGGGACCGCAUCUCUGAGUGCCUUAAAGCCUACACUGACCAGGAUCAUAUCAAGCUAUGGAGAAGGAACCUAUGGAUAUUUGUGUCAAAAUUCACAGAAUUUGAUGCCAGAAAACUGCACAAACUCUACAAGAUGGCUCAUAAGAAAAGGUCGCAGGAAGAGGAGCAGAAGAAGAAGGAGGACAUGUCCAGCAUGAAGAAGCCGUUCCGCCCAGAGCCUUCGGGCUCCAGCCGCGAUUCUGUGAUGUCCCAGUCUCAUGUGCCUCACAAUCCUCAUUCCCAGAAGAUCCACAUGCCCCCGUCCCACGCCCAGCAGCAGAUGCACGGCCACCCACGUGACAACUACAGUCAUCCAAACAAGAGACAUUUCAGCAACACAGACCGAGGAGAAUGGCAGAGGGAUCGAAAGUUCAACUAUGGUGGCAACAGCAACCAGAUGUGGGGUGGGGAGCGGCAUCACCAGUAUGAGCAGCACUGGUACAAGGACCACCACUACGGGGAUCGGCGAUCUCGUGGAGAGCCCCACCGGAGCUCUGGGAACUACAGACCAAAUAACCUCUCCCGCAAGAGGCCAUACGAACAGUACAACAGUGACCGAGACCACAGAGGCCACCGAGAUUACUAUGACAGGCACCACCAUGAUUCCAAGCGUCGACGAUCCGAUGAGUUCAGGCCUCAGAACUACCACCAGCAGGAUUUCCGACGGAUGUCUGAUCACAGGCCACCCAUGGGAUACCAUGGCCAAGGACCUUCGGACCACUACCGGUCAUUCCACACAGACAAAUCGGGAGAUUACAAACAGCCUCUCCCCCCACCUCACCCUGCAGUGUCGGACCCUCGCUCGCCCCCCUCUCAGAAAUCCCCCCACGACUCCAAGUCACCUCUCGAUCACAGGUCACCUCUGGAUAGGUCGUUAGAACAGAAAAACAAUCCAGAUUAUAACUGGAACAUUCGGAAAGCAUAA